AGGAAGAUCUUCUCAAUUGAAUAACAAUGCUCCAAAUGAUGGUAGAUUUUGGUAAGUGACUACAUGCGUUAACUCUUCGUUAUUAACCAUGAAGAAUCGUUAAAUCAAUUUAUUUCUGGUUCAAUCGCAAUAACAGAACGUUUCCUAUUAUUCGUUUAACUAAAGAGACAAUCAUUUCAUUAGAAUAUUUUAAAUGAAGAAAAACAAAUUUUGAGUAUAACAAGGAUCGCUUUUGCUACGAGUCUUCCAAUAUUAUCAUUUUAACUGUUCACAGGUCAAAAUGGUUAACUCCACUUCUUGUUAAAUUUUAGCCAACCGUUUGAUUGUUCAAAUGAUUCAUUGGUUACGUAAUUUCAUCAAUUCCCUCUACUUGUUAUCUCGUGGAGUUAAUGGAUCUGGCAAAUACGUGUAAUGAUGGUAACGAUCAAUCUGUAGCGUAAUAAAUCUUAUCUUAUCUUUAUUAUUCUCCUGAAAGUCACGGUUACCGACUCCGCUAACAGAGGCGCGUUUCUUCUUCCAUUGAAUUCAUUACGUAAAUUCAAUUGUAUGUCUACUAAUAAACGUAUAUUUCUCAAUGACCGACACGCUCUUGGUAUGAUGCGGAGCGUGUAUACGCGCUCGCCUCGGAUCCGCGCUAUUAAGAAUAACCAAAGGUGAUUACCAUUUUACUUUCUACGGGGGCCACGUUACACAGCAUGCAAAUGCAAUAUUCUCUUGGCAACUGGCUGCGGUUCCCUUGCGAUUUACGUCUGCGAUGGCUCGUUAGUAGUCGCUCUUGGUAUCGGCUUAUUAUAUGAACGACGUACAUCAUCGCUUGACUUUCUGAUCGAGUUUGCCGACUAAUAACAGGAAACAGUGACCUUCUAUUUAGUAGACGGUAGCAUGUCUGAGUAUGUCGUGGUCAGUAAAGUGUCCGAUUGUUUGACGGGCACCCGGUACUCUAUGAUUUUGCACGCGUUACAUCAAACUAAACGAACGAACGUUCAAUUAUUUUUCGAUCCCCACGACAGAUCUCGUUACGUUUGUUAAAUUACAGAAACGUUCGAAAUAUUGCUCUUCUCUUUGUCUGUUGGUAAUGACAAAUUAGCAGCUUAAUUGUACGUCUCGUAUUAGUAAAAAAAAAGCGCCAGUGAGUUUUUUGAGUUUUGGAAGUUGCGGCACGAUACGAUGUAAAUGAUUUUCGUAGCAACGCGUGUUUGAUUUGUGCUACCUUGAGCAAGCAGAGUAAUUGUUUGCAGCGUGUUGGAGAUUUCAAUAAUUUCUCUAGCUGCUUUGAUAGCCCCAUUGCCGAGGAACAAUCUAAAGAAGAAGAUGGGACGAGGUAAGUGUGUCUCGUUCGAUUUUCCAUAAUGAAAUCCUCGAGUUACUUGUUGAUGUUUUGCGUUGGUGUUAUCAGGUUUGUUCGUGUCUCAGGUGUUCCGAUGUAUUGAACGAAGCGACGUAUUACUGGCUAUUGCUUUUAUUUAUUUCGCAUUAAAUUAAAAGAUAUCGAUAAUCUAGGAAGCGAGUGAAAAUUAGCGAAGAUGUACGGCCUAAUUCUGGAAAACAUGUCCGAGUAUAUACGACAGGUGUACGGGGAAGAUAGAUGGGAGGAGAUCCGACGACAAGCAUCCGUAGAUCAACCUAGUUUCAGCGUUCAUCAAGUCUACCCCGAGAACCUUAUACCGAGAUUAGCGAAGAAGGCUAUUCACGUACUUGGCGUAACGGAAAAAGAAUUUUUCGAUCAGAUGGGUGUACACUUCGUAGGAUUCGUUGGCCAGUACGGUUAUGAUCGUGUGCUUUCAGUACUUGGGCGUCACGUAAGAGAUUUCCUUAAUGGAUUGGACAAUUUACACGAAUAUCUGAAAUUCUCCUACCCUAGGAUGAGAGCGCCUUCGUUUAUUUGCGAGAACGAGACGAGGCAAGGCCUGACCCUCCAUUACAGGAGCAAACGACGCGGAUUCGUUUAUUACACGAUGGGUCAGAUAAGAGAGGUGGCCCGACACUUUUAUCACAAGGAAUUACAGAUCGAGCUGGUGCGCGAGGAGAUUCUAUUCGACACCGUGCACGUCACUUUUCAGCUCACCUUUGAUAACAGAGCUUUUACCCAAGCCUCGCUGACUAUGACACGCGAAGAGAAGCAUUUGCCAAUAGGAGCCUCUGUCUUGUUUGAAAUAUUUCCUUUUUGCAUCGUUUUCGGAUCAGACAUGAUCGUAAGGAGUAUCGGAAAUUCUUUGAUGGUAAUAUUGCCCGAUCUAGUUGGCAAAAAGAUUACACACUUCUUCGACCUUGUCAGGCCACUUAUUGCAUUCAAAUUUCACUCGAUUUUAAACAGAACGAAUAAUAUUUUCGAGCUAGUCACCGUGGAACCAAUUCUCACAGAACGGCCACCAGAUCGACAGAAAGAUGAAAUUUUAUUGAGCGACGAACUCGACUCGGUAGAUGACAGAACCUUGAGAUUGAAAGGUCAGAUGAUAUACAUGGAUAACUGGAAGAUGAUGAUGUAUCUUGGUACGCCCGUUAUGCCAGAUUUGAAUUCCCUGAUCGCAACUGGUCUCUACAUUAAUGAUCUAUCGAUGCAUGACUUUAGCAGAGAUCUGAUGCUUGCUGGCACUCAACAAUCGGUAGAACUGAAGUUAGCUUUAGACCAGGAGCAAUUGAAAAGUAAAAAGCUAGAGGAGUCUAUGAGAAAGUUGGACGAGGAGAUGAAACGCACGGACGAAUUGCUGUAUCAGAUGAUACCGAAACAGGUGGCAGAUCGUUUGAGAAACGGCGAGAGUCCGAUAGACACGUGCGAGAUGUUCGACAGCGUUUCAAUUUUAUUCUCGGACGUAGUGACAUUUACAGAGAUCUGCAGCAGAAUCACACCGAUGGAGGUGGUGUCCAUGUUGAACGCGAUGUACUCCCUUUUCGACACGUUAACAGAACGGAACCGGGUGUAUAAGGUCGAAACCAUCGGCGACGCCUACAUGGUGGUAUCUGGUGCACCAGUGAAGGAGAACGAUCACGCAGAUCGUGUGUGUGAUAUGGCGCUCGAUAUGGUCGAAGCGAUAACGGACCUCAAAGAUCGAUCCACAGGUCUUCAUCUUCAAAUACGAGUCGGUAUCCAUAGCGGUGCUGUGGUGGCCGGUAUAGUCGGCUUGAAAAUGCCACGAUAUUGUUUGUUCGGUGAUUCGGUGAACACUGCAUCUCGUAUGGAGGCAACCAGCCAGGCAAUGCAAAUACACAUAUCAGAAUCCACGCGAGAACUAUUGUCGCCGUCGUAUAAAGUUAAAGAACGAGGGGAGAUAGAAGUGAAGGGGAAAGGCACGAUGAAGACUUACUGGUUAGAAAAAAGGGAACAUAGAUCGUCGUCGACGAAAGGAAUUACCAUUCAAGAACCGACGCAGUGGAACACGAGAAACACCGAGAAGAGAGUAUCCGCAGGGACGCCGGCUGCUUUCACGGCAGCCACCAUGUACGAAAAUCAAAAUUGCUUGGACACGUUGUCCAGGAGAGGUUCGAAUAUUGUCUCGCCAACGCCCGCAGAUUCGACGUUCAUCCCCGAGGAAAGAAGAAUUUACUCGCCUAUCACGUUCCAAGACGUUGCUCGUCGAUCAGUGGCAAAUUCACCGACGAAGAACGCCGAUUCGAAAGAAUGCAGGUCGAACUCGAUGGGUGCGGUGAUGACCAGGAACUCGGAGAUGUUCAGCUGCCUUCUGAGCGACACCGAGGAACACUUCAGACAGCACAGGGACAGUUUAUCGCCCCGCGCGGAGAACCGAUCGGCCGGGAUACACCCGAAACCAGAGUUGAACGUGACGAGCUCGAGUUCGUCGUCGGAGGAGUCUCGCGACGACAGAGCUGCGUCUGCCGAUUCCGACGUCUCGAAGCGACAGAAGAGCAAAGAGUAUUACACCACGUUCCAUAGCGAUCUCAGCAACUCGCAGUCGUUGACGCACCAGGAUCAGUGUUGUCCUGGUUUCACGAUGUCGAAGAGCGGCAAAACGCGCCAUCAAAACAACGGAUGCUGCAUCGCCUAGUAGGACAAGCUGCGAGUCUGUCCAUCGAUUUGCCUUCUCGACGAGUUGACCUCGUUGUUUCGACGGUGCGUACACCGAGCGUGAUCGAACUCAUGGUUGCGAGUAUACAGAGUGUCCCACGCGACUGGGACAAGCUACAGCUCUGAAACGGUAGAAGAUAGAAAAGAAAAUUCGUUGGACAAAAUUAAUCGAGGGCGAUGGUAAUUAAUCGUUUCGAAUAUUCCGAGAUCACCUGUUUAGAGUAGCAGGAUCGUCCGGAGACUGACAACCCAAGUAGUCUUGACACGGCGACGAUACUAAUGCAUUCUGAAAAGAUUCUUUGAUCGCAACUUUAGUACGUGUACUUGGACGUUUUCCGCGAUAUCAGUUUGAUUCGAACGAUUACGACGUACACCUCGACGUACACUUUCGUCGCGAGUUCGCACGAGCAUCGACUCGCGUCGUUUGUUUGAAUCAUCUCCAUUCGAGAACUUUUUCAAUUUUGCAAAAGAUAUCGCGUGUCUGCUUUGACACGUCUGUCGAGAUUUUCUGUAACGAAAAAUGGGCGGCCAUCGAGUUCUCGCAUCUUCAUGAUCUCAUCCUAGUUUGAAGAAACAGGGACGAUCCUAAGAUUAUAUUAAGAAAGAAUUAAGAUUUUGUCUAGCGAAACUCUCUUCUAUCUUUUAACGUGUCAAAACGAGAGCUUGUCCAAAUUGCGUGGCACACUUAGUAUAUCGUUCAUUUUUCAUUGGUCGAGCACCGACACCCUUAGGACGAUUUGGAACCCGCUUAUAUUUCGCUGAUGAUCGCUUUUAUAUUUUGAUCGCGGGAUUAGCGUCGCAGGGCGUUGCUCCGAGUUUGCGUCAGUCGUUGGAAGCUGUCGUUUGAAAUAUUUUCGUUUAUGGAAUUCGAGAGAGAUAAAUUUCGACGUUUCGCUGGAAUUGCAGUAUUAGCUUCGUGACGGUGACGAACGACACACGCUACUAUCAAAGUGCGAACCCCGAUAAAGCUACACUACCGCCAGCACAAGUUUAAGACACUUUCGGUGUGAGAGGAAAUUGCGCCAUUUGACGCAAAUUCGAUGUUUCUCGUUGUCUUCGUUUUCUAGUUGUUCUACGAUAAAUCUAUCGUUUCAUUCACCGGACGUAUAAUAUACAAACAUCAUAUUGUACAUUAUCGUUCGAAAUAUGAAAUCGUUAGGUAAUCCCAUGAAAAGUAAACAUUUGUAAGGAAGCUUCACGUGCGGAAUUUUAUUCGAGCAAGAGAUACCAUGCCAUUGAUUUCGAAUUAAUACGUCUAUUAUGUUUCGAAUUAAUCGAAAUAAUAAACGAAAUUGAUAGACGAUUCACUGUAUAUGUAAAAUACAGUUGGGCAAGUGAUUUCAAGUUGUCUGAUAAUGUACGUAAAAUGAUGCCGAAGAGAUGGUACAGUAAGGCAAGCUGAAUAAUUCCAUUUUAUAAAAAAUGCCUCAACUUUUCUGUUGAAAUGCACGUUCGUCGAUUAAUUUGUCGGGAAUCGAACGAUGGAUGGUUCUUCAUAGGCAAUGUUGGAAUUUUUGAAUUUAUGUACAGAUACGUAGACAUAAAUUUAGAAUUCUAAGCGCUGUUGUUUUAAGAAAGUAUUUAUUAUAGAUAUGUUACAGACAUAAGGAAGAUAAGCAAAGUAACGUUUAGAUAGUAGUUUAAAUUAUUGAAUUUUUUAAUGUUGCGAGGAACGAAAAAUGUAAUAUCAAUGACGAAAAGAAAAGAUCUCAAUGAAUAAAAAAAAAAAAACGGUAGACAUUUAUUACCAUUACCUUCCUUUUAAUCGACAUUCUAUCGAUUAUAAAUAAUAGAAAUAUCGUGUCUAUAAAUGUUAUUAAAUAAUUAGACUGCGGAUAUUUAAGCAACUUCGUAUCUUUAUAAAUAAUUAAAACGAAACCUAGGUAGUUUAUCUUAUCUACUAAAUAUAACAACAAACGGUAAAAUACUUUGAAUAUUUUUCAUUUAUUAUAUAUUCGCGUAUGUUCAUUCUGUCUAUUUUUGCAUUCUCAAAUUUCCCCAAAAAUGUAUAAAAAUCCGCAGUCUAUUUACGAUAUAUGUAUACUGACUCACGAUAGUAUUAGAACACUUACGAUUUUAGAUGAAUUUUAUGUCCAUAUUCUAUCUGUUAUAUUAAACAUUUUGAAACUUCGUUAGUACUACAAUGAAAGGUACUUGAUAACGAAAAUUCAUUAGUACUACGAUACUUGUCACGAUUGUAUUGGCAAAAUAUGAAAUCAGUCUGAAUAUGAAUAUAAAAAUUGCAAAACACCUGUUGCAAAUGCGUUAAUAAAAAAUUAAUAUACAGUUACAAAUAGCCAUCCGAAGCAUAUAAUAAUAAUAAUAGUAAUUGUUAAUAUUCAGGUUUAACAAUGUAACGCUUAAUUCGCUGUUUUUAAAUACUUUUGUCACCUCUACGAAAUAUAAAUACAGGGUCCGUUCGACUAACACGUAAAAGCGGGCAGGACGCGAUUCUAUGCGGAAAAAUAAGGAAAAAGCAUAGAAUAAAAUUUCUCAGAUCAGUUUUCGAGGAUAUCGAAUUUAAAAAUUUAUCGAGUAUAUUCGAACGUGGCUGAUUCGGAACUGAACAGGGUUAAACUAUCAACGAGAAGUUAUUCUAUGUGUGAAAAUAAAUCAGAAACGUAGAAUGAUAUUUUCCCAUUUAAUAUUUUAUUUUCAA